CAUGUUAAGCUGAUAUCACAAUGGUGAUUGAACACAUCGUUAACACACUAAAUAAUCUUAUGUCUUACAAUAUUUUUAAAGAUAAAUUUUCAUAUUUCUGGCACUUAAUAUUGUUUUAAAUAUAUUAUUCCAUCGUACAACAUGAAGUUUUUCGCGUUUGCACUAUCGCUUUUAUUAAUGAAUUAUGCAAAAUGUCAAAAAAAUCAAUGCUAUCAGCUUACGAAAAAUCCUUAUUCAUUGUUUGCGUCAAAAUCCGCAUAUAGUUCACUGUCAGCUAAUCAAAACUACACAAAUCAAAAUUGCAGGACAUUACAAUUAUGGAUGCUAUCAAGGCAUGGUACACGAAAUCCUGAAGAACAUCAAAUUGAAAACAUUUCAAAACUAACCGAGUUAGCAAAAAAAAUUUCAAUCGAAAAUUCAAAUUUAUGCCAGGAAGACAUCGAAGAGAUAAAAAAAUGGGCUUAUAAUUUAAAUAAAAAUGAUAGCUGUAUGCUUAAUAGCCAAGGUGUUCGUGAUUUAUCGUCUUUGGGAAUAAGACUUAAAAAUGUAUAUAGAGAUAUACUGUAUACAUUCAACGAUACGUUUAACCCUAUGACAUAUAAAGUUUUAUCAUCACCUAAAGCUCGAUGCGUGGAUAGUGCAUUUUAUUUUCUUAGAUCUGUAUUCAAUGUGAAUGUUACAGAUAUACCAUUGCGACAUGAAGAUGAUUUCAGAAUAAAUAUAUCAAAGUAUAAAAACAUAUCCAAUUAUGAUGAUUUGGAAGAAAGUGGAGUCGAAGAAAUGAAGAAAUUUGAGAAUAGUAUACACAUGCAACAAUUAAUUACCAGGGUGACUAAGAUUUUAGGAUUUGAAUCCAACUUGAAAAUAGAAACAAUAAAAUCGAUGUACGAUGCAUGUAGAUUCGAAAAAGCAUUGAAUAUAAAUUCACAUCCUGCUUGGUGCGCCAUCUUUACACAAGAAGAUUUAAAAGUCUUAGAGUAUAGAGAAGAUUUGCAACAUUAUUAUUUCCUAGGAUAUGGUAAUUCGAUAAUUAAAAGAAUUAGCUGUCCGAUUAUAAAAGAUCUCAUAACCAACUUCAGACAAAAAUCUCAAGGACUACCAGGCCCGAAAGGGGUAUUUUAUUUUGCACAUUCGUCAAACGUGUUGAGCACUAUUGCUGGACUGGGCUUCGCCAAUGACAGUUCACGCCUGUUAAGUUCAAAUUACGAAGAGAUGCAAAAUAGAAAAUGGAGAUCGUCGUAUUUGGACCCUUUUGCGUCCAAUAUAAUUGCUGCACUCUACGAAUGUGAUGGUGAUCAUAAAGUUACAUUUUACGUCAACGAAAUUCCAAUGGUUGUAGAAAAAUAUGGUUGUACCCUUUGUCCCUGGGAAAAAAUUGAGAAAAUGUUUGAUCCAAUUGUUUCUAGUUCUUCGUGUUCAUUUUAUCAGUCAACUUCAUCAGCUACGUUGAUUUUGAACGCCAUAACUUUAGUAUUUUUCAUUUGCUCCAUGAAUAUUUUAACAUCAUUAUAUUAAUAUACAUACUAUUAUAUAUUCAUG